AAAAAAUAUGACGGAAAAAGAAUUUGACCUUUUCAGAUAGUAUCAUACAUUUUCUGUGCAAGAGAUUGGGGUUGUGGUGUAAAAAUACGUUUUUUUUAAAUAAUUUAUCAAUCAUGGAAUCUUUUUUUGAAAAAUAUAGCCAUUUUGAAGAAAGAAUAUUACAUAGUUUGGAAGAUAAUGGUAUAAAACAUCGGAUAAAAGCUAACAGUGGGUUAUGGCUUGGAACAUUAGUAGGUCUAAGUGCAAUUUUAACUCUACUAAAAGAAGAUGCUAGUUAUUCUGAAAUCUGUCUCAUUGUGGGUCUCACAGGAAUUGGUCUUGUUAUUAGUUCUAUAUGUUUAUAUUUGAGACUGUCAACUGAGAAAGUAACAGUUAAAGAUUUUCAAGCUAUAUAUUUUUUACCUGCUAUAAUAACAUCUUUAUUAUAUCAUUUUGUAGUAAAUAAAGGAUUACUGGUGAGUGUCACAUGGGGCUUAGGUAUUGGAAGUUUAGGAACUUGGGGUAUUCUUCAAUUAAUGUCUACAUUUCCUUAUUGUUUCACAAUUGGAGAAGCAACAGCAGUUAUGCAUGGAUGUAUUUUAUUUCUAAUGUCUGUAGUAACAAAUUUGCCACUAAGAUAUCAUUUGCCACCUAUCCAUGAUGAUGAUAUUGCAACAGUGUUUUUACAGAUUAUAUUAAUUGGAUACUGGGCUCUAUGUUUACUACUAGGGGUAUUAGUUGUUAUAUAUCAAAUAUUAUUAAAUAUUCAAGCAACAACUUCAACUAGAAAAAUAUUUCACUUAUUAGCUGUCCUUGUAUAUAUACCUGGUUUAAUAUAUGAACAUGUUUUGCUGUAUCUAGCUAGUGGUAUAAUAAUGGGAUUGUUUAUAUUUCUUGAGUUGAUGAGAUACUUACAAAUAUCACCUUUUGGAGAAGCAUUACAACAGGGAUUUUCUGUGUUUGCUGAUGAGAAAGAUAAUUUGAUUUCUUUAACACCUCUGUAUUUAUUUUGUGGUUUGUCCUUUCCACUUUGGAUGCCUACCAAUAAUCUUUCAUUACCAGUUUUGCUUAGUGGUAUUUUAACAGUUGGUGUGGGUGAUACUGUUGCUAGUUUUGUUGGUAGUAGAUGGGGUUAUCACAAGUGGGCCAAUUCCAAUAAAUCUGUUGAAGGAACAGUUGCUUGUAUUCUUAGUCAAAUUGGAUUAAUAUGUAUUUUAGCAUUUAUGGGUUAUAUAGAUAAUGGUUGGUUAGUUUUGCAAAGUUUAUUAUCGAGCAUUGCACUAUCAUUUAUUGAAGCACAAACAAAUCAAGUUGACAACUUGGCAUUACCUUUGUUGAUGUAUGUAUGCUUAAUGAUUUAAGCAUUUAACUAAUAUAAAUGCAAUGACAAACAAUAAGUAACAGUAAUUGUUUUAAAGGUAAUAUGAAUGUAUUUGAUUAUUCAAUCUAAUGUGGACCAAAGGUGUACUGUUUCUUUAAUACUUUAAUUCAUUUCUUUAUUUGUAUCUUUAUAUGUGAAGAUACGUAUACAUUCUUUUUCUUGUAUAUAACAUCCUUUUUCAUACUUAUUUCCUUUGUUAUGAGUAAAAUUAAUUACUAGUUGAAAAAUUCUUACAUUAUGUAUUCUUACAUUGUGUAAUUAAUUAUAUACAUAGUUCUAUAGUGUUAUGUCAUUUAAAAAUGUAUGCAUUAUUGGGAAUAUUUAUUUUGUAAUCUAUAUUUCAAACAAAUAAUACCAAAAAAUUUUAUUCAUGUAUAUUACUGUUACAAAUUUUGUUAGAUACUAUUUAUAUAAGAAUGUUUAUAUUUGUACACAAACAAAAUAUUGAAUGUGAAACAUUAAUUAUUCUAUGUCUCUUCUGUUAUUAUGACAGUUUAUAUAAUUUGAUAUUCUGCAAAUGCAUUAUUUAUUCAUUCCUGUCAGCGCAUUUUUAUAUUCCGCUCAAAAAAGUUUGUAAACAAAAUCUAAUAAUAAAAUAUUUUUAUAAUUAUGUACAUUUUCUAUAAUUAUUUAUAUUGAGAUUUUAUUAUUUCUUUAUUAAUUAUAAAGAAAAAACUAAAGGCUUGUGAGAAUCUUUUGUAUUAAGCUUAUUUAUUAUUGAAAACUUGAAAGUGCAGUUCUCAUGCAAUUUGUAAUUCUCACAGUUGUAAUGUUCUUUUCUAAUGUAAACUUUUUUUAACAAAUAAUGUAGACAGUAUAAAGCAGUGAAGCAGAACAAAAAGUCACAUGGAACAUCGUAUUAAUCACGGGCUACAAUAAAUCUCUCUCUCUCUCCUCCCCCCCUUGAUUAUAUAAAUAACUAUUAAAUGAAAAAAAAAUGGUGAAAAGAAAUAUAGAUGCUAAUUAGAUUGGUGCCUUCUAUGCUGUUUUCACAUUUUUAAUUGAAUUAAAGUUAAAUCAUUGCUUCAGUUAUCAUGCAAAUAAUAUAAUUGAUGUUUAAUCUUAAAAAGUUUUGUAAACAAAAGAAAUUAAAUAGACUACAAGAAAUCUACAAAUUGCAAAAAUUUUCAAAACAGGCCACAGAUUGUGCAUCAUUGGUAUAAAGUAUAUUAUCUUCUAGAAGAGAGUAUAAGUUUAAGGAAAAACAUCAAAUUACUUCAUUUAAUUAUUUUAUUGACCACACAGCCUUAAAAUUUGACCGUACACAGUAUGUCAUCAAUAUGCCACGCGUACAUGAUAUGCGGAAUGUUCGAAAAGCACCGAUUUCUUGUCAAGGCUUUGACAAGGCAAACUUUAUGUUAAAUGCAGCUUUUAUUCGCGAAGAAAAAUAUUAAUAAUCUUUAUUAAUAUUAAAAAUAUUAGUAUAAUAUUUAAAAUUUCUAAAUUUGUUUUUAUUUUUCGUUAAAAUAUUUUGUCACAUCUUCAUUUGCCAAUUUUUUGCACAUAAAUUAAUUAUUCACAAAUUAAGUUAAAUAAUAAAAUUAAACUAUUAUUUGUUUGUAAUAAAAUGAAAUAAAACAUUGUUAAUAUUAAUAAAAUAAAAUGUAAUAAAAUAUAUUAUAAGAUGAGAAAAUAUCUCAAUCUUAUAAAGCGAAUUUUAUGGUUAUUUAAAUAUUAUGUAUAUAAUGUAUAUAUAUAUAUAUUUUUUUUUUUCUUUGUUAACAUUUACCUUUACAAAUUAUAUUUUUACACCAUUUUUUCUUUGAAUAACUUUUUUAAAUAUUAGGGAUUACAUCAUAUUAAUUUGUUAAAAUUUAUUGAUAUUUAUCAUUACAUAUGUGUAUAUUUAUGUAUUAUUUAUAAGUGCCAUUAUUGUUUGUAAUUACGAAAGUGCGGUUAGAUUUUCAUUUCAAAAAAUAUAGUUUAUUUAUUUAACUGCCGAUUGAUUCUAUUAUUUGGAAACAAGAAGAUUGAUAUUAAAGAUAAGAAAGAUGAAAUAGAAAAAAAAAAAAUUAAAAAAGUCAAGAAAAAAAAGCAAAAAAUUAAAUUUAUUCUAUCUUUUACAAUAUAAAAAGUUACCAUAGAAGUAAAAUAAUUUUUUAUUAUUAAAAAGAAUUUAUACAUAAAAGUGUUUUAUAAUACAUAACUUAUAGAUUAAGAUUGGUUUGUUCAAUCUGCCAUUGGAAUUUGAAAUAACGUAAUAUAAAAUAUAAUACAGAAAUCAUAAACUAUUUUAUUUACAAAAUCCUUAUUAAUUUAUUCGUUUGGUUUGCAAAAAGUCCUUAUUCACUUGCUUAAUACAUUUACGAAGUAUAUAUAUCUUUUCAUCUUUUGAUAUUUAAGAUAUGAUAUAAAUAAAUUAUUUGUAGAAUAAAUUAA